AUGUGCGGCAUCCAUGGCGUAGUCUCCACGGCUGCCAUACCAAGCAUUUCCCAAGAGCUGAAGAACCUCUUGUCGAAUCGCGGACCUGACCAUUUCGGCCAGGUCCAUCGCGAACUCCCUUUCGAAAAUGGAGAUUCCGUAAUUCGUCUCGGUCUUACCUCUACUGUGCUGGCCUUGCGGGGAGACCAUGUUGCAAAGCAACCGUUGGAAUCGCCCGUCACGGGGUCCGUGCUGUGCUGGAAUGGAGAGGCUUGGAGGAUUGACGGCCAGCCCGUCGGCAGUAAAAACGACGGCGAGCUCAUCUCAGCUAAGCUUGAUGCUGUCGAUGAUGCAUCUUCGGCCGAGACCCGAGAGUCGCAUAUCUUAAGCGUUCUGCGUAGCAUCGAAGGCCCAUUUGCCUUUCUAUUUUAUGACGCUCAGGAUAACCGCCUGUACUUCGGCCGCGAUCGUCUUGGUCGACGAUCGCUACUGUCAAGCCAAGCUGAGGAUGGCCACUCGAUCUCUUUCUCGAGUAUCGCCGAUGUGCCUACUACCGGCUGGAAAGAAGUCCAUGCGGAUGGCAUUUAUUCCUUAAACCUUGCUACACGUCUGGUUACGCCUAGUGGGUUGAAGCUUGAUACUCACCUCACCCGAUACGACUGGGUCACAUCAGGGGGCGAUAACAUGGUUUCAAGCAUCGGCAGCUUCAACAUGGCCCUGCCACCACCCGAUCACAAGCUAGACUUCGACUCCUCCUCAGUCCAUCUUCUCAAGCACUGGCUGUGCGAGUCCCUCAAGCUGCGGGUAUUAGACAUCCCGGAGCCCCCAAACUCGCUAUCCGAAACCGACGUUCGCGUCGCGGUUCUUUUCUCCGGCGGCCUCGACAGUACUACCCUUGCGAGGCUCGCCCACGACUUGGUUCCUCUCGACCAGGGGAUAGAUCUGAUUAAUGUUGCCUUCGAAAACCCGCGCCAGGUCUCCGUCGACAAGACGCUGCCGCACCUGGAUGCGAAGGACCAAUACGAAGCGUGUCCCGAUAGGAAGACGGGCCGCAAAGCGUUUGCUGAACUGAAAGCCGUCUGUCCCACGAGACAAUGGCGCUUCAUUGCGGUCAACGUUUCGUUCGAGGAAGCAAUGAGCCACAAGGCGAGAGUAGUUUCUCUCAUGUACCCCCACGACACCGAGAUGGACUUGUCCAUCGCCCUCGCGCUCUAUUUCUCCGCGCGAGGCAUCGGUUACGCCUACACGAACACGUGGGAAUGGCAACCCGACCCGCCGAGCGUGACUUCGCCCGCCAGGGUCCUGCUAUCGGGUCUUGGCGCGGACGAGCUCUUUGGGGGCUACUCGCGGCACGAGAUCGCGUUCAAGACCGGGGGAUACCCGCGCCUCCUCGACGAGCUGAAGCUGGACAUAGGACGCAUCGGACAGCGAAACCUAGGGCGCGACGACCGCGCCAUGUCCCACUGGGGCAAGGAGAUCCGCCACCCGUUCCUCGACGAGGAACUCGUCCGGUUCGCCAUCAGCACGCCGGUGUGGGAGAAGUGCGACUUCCAGAACCCGUUCCACCCCGCUGUGAUCGACCCGGCCAAGCGAGUGCUGAGGCUGAUGGCCGAUAAGCUCGGGUUAUCCGUGAUUGCGAGGGAGAAGAAGAGAGCGAUCCAAUUCGGCUCGCGAACCGCCAAUAUCGAAAGCCGCACCGGCAAGCGUCGGGGCACCGCGGCCAUCACCGAAGUUGUCUAAUAGUUCCACGAGCUCGUCGAUAACAAGAACACAUGAUAUGUAAAAUACCUAUUUCAAGUAAAACAGGUUAGAGAAAGAAAAAACCACGACUACUACUACUACUACUACUACUUUCUAUCUACUCCUCUGGUGGUGAUGAUCAUAUCAGAUACUUCCGAGUUGGCUCCCCUCAUCCCCAGUCCAAAAUCCAAAAUCCCAGAAAAGAAAAAGAUCCUAUCAUGUGUGUUUCUGCCUAUCUUCGCAGUAACCCUUGAUGAGACUUCUUUUCUUUUCUUUUUGGAGAUUGGAUAUUGGUCUAUAUCUAAAGCCGACAAUGACGUCUUAAAGGCAUGUCUGAGCCAGAGGUUUUUCUUUUUCACUACUUGAUUUCUAGCUAGGAAACUACCUAGGUAGAUUAGUUAGUGCACCUGAGCUAUAAAGCUGAAUGGUUGUGAUGCAAGCAUACACGAGCAUACGCGUGUUUUAUUGCGAAGUGAACUUGUUCUGGAUAGCUUUAUUCUAUCCUGAGCCAUUCUAGCCAUUGCAGCUACAGAACAAGG